AUGGCUGCAGUCAUCACUUGGGCCCUGGCCCUCCUCUCAGUGUUUGCAACCACUCAGGCACGGAAGGGUUUCUGGGACUACUUCAGCCAGAGCAGCGGCGACAAAGGCAUGAUGGGCCAGCCGCAGAAGCUGGCACGGGAGAGCAUGAAAAACAGCUUCGAGCAAGACCUCUACAAUGUGAACAGUUUGCUAGAAAAGCUGAACCCCUCCAGCGGGCCCGGGAAGGAGCCUCCCCAGCUGGCACAGGAUCCGGAAGGCAUGAGGAAGCAGCUGCAGCAGGAGCUGGAGGAGGUGAGAGCUCGCCUGGAGCCCUACAUGGCUGCAAAGCAUGAGCUGGUAGGCUGGAACUUGGAGGGCUUAAGGCAGCAGCUAAAGCCCUACACCGUGGAGCUGAUGGAGCAGGUGGGCCUGGGUGUGCAGGAGCUGCAAGAGCAGUUGCGUCUGAUGGGAGAAGACACCAAGGCUCAGCUGCUGGGGGGCGUGGACGAGGCACUGAGCCUGUUGCAGGAAAUGCAAAGUCGCGUGCGGCACCACACCGACCGGGUCAAAGAACUCUUCCACCCUUAUGCAGAGCGCUUGGUGACUGGCAUUGGGCACCAUGUGCAGGAGCUGCACCGCAGUGUCGCUCCUCACGCGGUUGCCAGCCCCGCGCGACUCAGUCGCUGUGUGCAGACCCUGUCCCACAAACUCACACUUAAGGCAAAGGACCUGCACACCAGCAUCCAGCGCAACCUGGACCAGCUGCGCGAGGAGCUCAGUGCCUUCGUUGGCGCCAGCGCAGAUGGGGCAGAGGAUGGAGCUUCCCCGGACCCCCAGGCUCUCUCUGAGGAGGUCCGCCAGAGACUCCAGGCUUUUCGACAUGACACCUUCCUACAGAUCGCUGCAUUCACUCGCGCCAUUGACCAGGAGACAGAGGAAGUCCAGCAGCAGCUAGCACCACCCCCACCUAGUCACAGCGCCUUCGCUCCUGAGUUGGGACACUCAGACAGUAGCAACAAGGCCUUGAACAGACUGCAGAGCCGACUGGAUGACCUGUGGGAAGAUAUUACCUAUAGCCUUCACGACCAGGGUCAUAGCCAGCUGAAAGAGCCCUGAGGGUCUGCUCGCUCAGGUUCACUCCCCAGCUCAUUGUCUGGGGAUGCCUAGAUCCUGAGCCUCUAGCAUGGCCUAUUGGGCAGAGGGUGGAGGGUCCUGCACAGUAUAGGUGAUGCCACCAGAUGUUGCUGCCUCAACCUAUUCAGCCUCCUCAACUCCCCCACCCAGGUGCAUUACAUUCACCAGGUUUUGCAAAUCCAGCUUCUGGUGCUCAUUUGGGAAUCCUCACAAGUUGCAACAUUCGGGGUGAAGGGUGUGGGGAGACUAUGUGUGGGGGAGACUGUCUGCAAGCCGGUACAUGACAGUGCUGGAAGCCUGUGCCACUACAGCCUGGAGUUUGACUCCUGUUACUUCUGGCUGCCUGACGGUCACUGUUACAGCUGGUCCACAGAGAGGAGCUCUUGUCUCCCCAGGGCUGCCCUGAGAGCUUUUGUUGGAAGAGAGCAGGAGAAGAAUAUGAUGGAGGAAGCGUAUUGUGGUGUGUGUAGAUCCCCACCAGCGCUACUGCUGGUGGGUCAGUGACACAAUGGGGCGGAGCCCCUAUUUCCUUAGAUAACUCUGCACCCAUACAAGGAACCGAGCCCUCCACACUGUGAAGACUUCCAAAACCCUGUAGGGAGCAUCCUGUGUGCCCUCCCCAUCUUCAG